CGUGGAGGCCGGGCGGUCCACAUCUCAAACGACAGUCACCUCAUUCCGCCAUUCCAGCACCGACAGCAGCAGCAGUAUCGACCAGCGAGCAAAUGAGUUCUCCGAGCUGCGCACCGCGAACUGGCAGUGGUGGCCUCUGUCACCAUGCGAAAACGGAGCAUACUAGCACAAUAGCAGCGAACGACCAUCAUACCGGUGCUAUACUCCCAUCUUGCUGCCGCGACCACGCCAUGGCUGAGGAGCCCGAGCCCACCUGCACUGACCCACACCAUGACACUAAGUACUGCGAUGACCAAAAGUCAGCGACAAUGGUGAAGGCCAAGAAGUGCGUGAGGUGGUCCACCAUAACCGUGCACGAGUUUGGUGUGGGAUUGGGCGGCAGCGCCGUGUCGAACAAGGGCGGCCCGUCCAUCGGUCUCGCAGAUCCGCCCGAGUUUACGUGGACAACGCGAGUAGGUGAGAUGGCCGAGCGCGCUGAGGGUCUGCAUCGCUUCACGCCCAGCCAACGCAUCCGCCUGCUGCAGGCCGCCGGCAUCCCGGAUGGCAUCAUCACGCGCCACGCUCGGGAGACCAACAUCAUUUUGGGUUCGCGUCGCCGGUCGAAAACAAGCUGGGAGGACAGCGACUGCGACGAGGCCGAGGAGGAGGAGGGGGAUGAAGAUGAGGAAGGCUGCAAGGAGCAAUCUCGCAAGCGCAGCGCCGACCAGGCCACCCUAGAGCAUCCGUGCGCCGUCUAUUUGCGGCGACCACGAAUGAUCCCGGUCAACUACGUGUAGCUGGAUCGUGUUGCGAGCCGAGCUUCAUGUGACCUCUAUCGUCCCCCCAAGGUGGUGUGUUUUGACGUGGCAGGGGCUUUAAGUUAUUCGAGAUGACAUGUAUACUGGAUACUCUACGACCGCGUUGGUGCUCUGAGCUGAAAGACAAUAAUUAACUGUCAGGCACAUAGGGGAUUGACGGCAAUGAGCGUGGUUAGCACGUGUCCACGCUCCACAUUGCACAGACACUAAGGCGCACUUCCGUCACCAAUUUUAUUCAAUUGAUAUAUGCAAGGAAACUGUGAAGCUC